GGUUGGAGUUCGAAAAUUCGAAGCUCGGAGGGAUGGGGCGCAUUCGGCAUAAGAGAAAUUCUUUGAAUGGUGAAGUGAAAGUCCCGACACCUGCGCAGGAUUAUUUUGUGGAUGGGUUUAAUGCUGAAACUCGGACGGUGUAUGAGUAUCAGGGUUGUCUCUAUCACGGAUGCAAGCAGUGUUUUCCCAGCAGUGCGAUGUUGAGAGGAAUGCUCAUCCAGAUCAAACAGUCGAUGAGGUCUAUGAGGCAAUGCAGCGAAAAACCCUGAUGUUGAGAGCGGUAGGCUACACGGUGAUUGAAAAGUGGGGGUGUGAAUACAAAGAAGACAAGAAAACGAAUGCUGAGCUGAAAUCCUUCCUGAACAACCAUGAAGCCAUACCACCCUUACAGCCACGAGAUGGCUUCUUUGGAGGACGCACAGGUGCGACUACAUUGUACGCUAAAGCAGAACCUGAUAAAGAAAUUCUCUAUCAAGAUUUCACGUCCCUUUACCCAUGGGUAAAUAAGCACUGCAAGUAUCCCGUUGGCUUUCCCGAGGCGCACCUGAAUGCCUCCAACCAGGAUAUCCACAGCUAUUUUGGAGUUGUACUCAUUGAUGUCCUUGCACCCGAACGACUGUUCCACCCGGUUUUACCAGUCCGAGAAGGGGGAAAAUAAACGUUCCCGCUGUGCAGUGGCUGUGUCAAAGAAGAGCAGCAAAAGCCGUGGCUGGAAAGAAGUAACGUGUGGUCACAACGCCCAAGAAAGAGCUCUCUGUGGUACGUGGUGUACGCCUGAAUUGCAGAAAGCGGUAGAGAAAGGCUACCAGAUACUCAAGAUCCAUGAGGUGUGGCACUUUACUCCAGAGAACUGACGGGUUGGACUGUUUAAAGAGUAUGUCAACACUUGGUUGAAACUCAAGCAAGAAAGCGCGGGAUGGCCAGCAGACUGUGUGACACCAGAGCAACAAGAGGCUUACCUAGCAGACUAUGAAGCACAUGAAGGAAUUAAGCUGAAGAAUGUUGCAGACAAUCCAGGACAGAAAGUGAUUGCGAAAAUGCUUUUGAACAGGUAAGUCUGUCAAGUUUUACUGCAAUGAAGAAAAAGUUAUAAUCUGCGGACCACUGAGAAAACGAAAACAAACUUAUAAUUUGCGUAAAAAGUCUGCACUUUUGAAAUGUAACUUGCGUGUUUUACCGCAACGAAGGAAAAAAUGUUAAUCUGUGGACCACUGAGAAAACGAAAACAAACUUAUAAUUUGCGUAAAAAGUCUGCACUUAUGAAAUGUAACUUGUCGUGUUUUACCGCAACGAAGGAAAAAAUUAUAAUCUGCGGACCUCUGAGAAAACAAAAACAAACUUAUAAUUUUGUCUUUCUGUCUUGCAGCCUAUGGGGAAAAUUUGGCGAGCAUCAAAACAAGCCACAGACUCAUGUCAUCACCUCUCCCCAUCAGCUGUUCAACAUUCUCGACGAUCCUGUCUAUGAGAUUUCCGCUGUACGCAUAUGCAGUGAAGACGUGAUGGAGCUCGUCACGACGAUGGCACAGGAAAAAUGUGAGAGCAGCUUUAAGGCCAAUGUGUUUAUCGCGGCCUUCACGACCUCGCAUGCUAGAUUGAAGCUGUACAGUGCCUUGGACACCCUGAAAGAACGCGUGCUGUAUUACGACACUGACAGCGUGAUUUAUCGUUGGAAACCAGGGCAAGAGAAGCUACCUCUGGGCCGAUAUUUAGGUCAAUUCAGAGACGAAAUUGGUGGGGACCCUAUUGUGGAAUUUGUCAGUGGUGGCGCAAAGAAUUAC